CUUCUCGAUGUCCGAACUUGCCUGAUUUGUCGCUGAUGUUGAGAAUUUACUGGUAUGGGACUUGAAAACGAGUGUGUAGGGGAUGGAGGGAUCUGGAGCUGAUUUAUGCGAAGAGAGGAUGAGUGUCUCAGUGGGUAGUUGGGAGGUGUUAAGGUGGAAGAGGAAGAGACCCUGAGAUGGAGAUGGAGAUGGAGAUGGUGGGAAGAGAUGUAUCGUUUGAGUUUAGCUUUGAUUACGAUACGUGUGAAGAGGUGAAGGAGAGGGUUUGUGAUUUGGAAUUGGGGAAGGAGAAUGAAGAAGAACCGAGAGAGAAUGAUGAGGUGAAAAAGAAGAAGAUAUCGUUGCAGCUUGAUUAUGAGGCAGUGAUUAUCGCCUGGGCUAGCCAAAAGUCUCCCUGGACCACUCCUGACAAGCCAAACUUAGACCCCGACCAGUGCUGGCACGAAUGCAUCGAAAGUUAUGGAAGGGGAAUUCACGAUUCUUAUGGUGAAGUGGGUGGAUUUGGGAUUCAUCCAGUGAUAAUUGAUGGAGGGGCAGAGUAGUUCAAGAGUGUCAAGGUACAGAGAAAGCGGCGAA